AUGGAUACAAAGUUGCGCAGACUCUUGCAUGAAGUGAAAAGACAGCUGGAAAUCCCACCGAAGGUGAUAUGGCAAGACAAUGGGUCUGCCAAUCCUGGCAUAUUCACGACUCAGUGGAUGUAUGAUAACUAUCGUAUUGAGCUUGAGCAGUUACGUGAAUGUCUGUCCGGAGUACUUGCCGGCAAAGUGACGCUAUCGUCAUGCUCGCCACAUACUAUACGAUCAUAUCUCUGGGCCAUCCCAACCUUAUGCAGUGUCCCAUCAGUUAUCCUUGACCCUGUAUGCAUCAAGAACCAAUGCUUGGACUUUCAGGAUGUCUGCGAAUUGACGGGAGGAGACAUUUAUACGGACGAUAUUUGGGAGAAACAACAACUUCUAGACUGGGCGAAGUCAGACCAGCCAUCGCUGUUGGCGAUUCAAGGCUGCUAUGAAUCGGUCAAUCGUGUUGAGAGAUUUGCUGCAGAGGUAUGGGAAUACCUUGAAAGUAAGAAACCAACAGUCGCCAUGUUGCAGUCUCCAAGUUCAAUCGAUUUCUUCAGCGGAUAUGAUGAACGAGAACUACUGCGACAGAUCGCACUCCAGGCUUUCCGAAAGGUCUCGACUGAUCGCACGAUCUAUUUCUUGGCUGAUAUGUUACAACUAUUUGCAGAAGCCUCAUCAUGUGAAGACUGGUUCAGAGUACUCGAGAGAGUAUUCCAGAUGUUCCCGAGUCUGAUUAUCAUUAUGAUGGUUACUGUCCUUGGGGAACGAGCUGAGAACGCGAAACCAUGGCCUAACCAACUGGAGGAAAUCAUGGCAAGAGUACAAAAGAGUUCUUGUACGUGUUUGAAAGUCCUACUCAUUGCAACCCAUCCAUUAUGGCCUGAAACAGAAACAUCGUCCCUUAUCUUGGUUGGCCCAGCAUCCGAAAUUGGUUCAGAUGACGAAAUGGGGGGCAUUGACACCUCAUCGGAGCAUUGUCUUCCACUUAGCUUUCCAAUUCAAAACAGAAGUGGACAAGAAGUAGAUGAAUUAUCGGAAGUAUCGCAAGGCGGAAUUAUACCAGAGCAAGCAGAACAGCACAUUUCUGCACCUGAAGCACCUGAAGCACCUGAAGCACCUGAAGCAGGGAGACCGGAGUCGUUCCAGCCGAGUUCCUUUUCACCCCGCCCUCCACAAAUCGACAUAGCAAUUCUCUGCGCAUUAACGCUUGAAGCUGAUGCUGUUGAAUCGCUUUUUGAUAGGCAAUGGACUGCUGGCUACAAUCGUUCUGAGGGGGAUACAAACACAUAUACACUUGGUAUUAUCGGCCGACAUGGUGUUGUACUGGUCCAUAUGCCUGGUAUGGGGACAACCUACUCUGCGACUGUAGCUACUUGUUGCAGGUCUACCUUUCCUGGAAUCUCACUGGCACUAGUAGUAGGGAUUUGCGGAGGGGUCCCAUUUUCUCAAGAUGGGGCAGAGCUUUUUCUCGGCGACGUCGCCAUUAGCGAUGGACUAGUUCGUUAUGACUUCGCGAGACAAUACCCAGAUGGCUGCUUGAUCAAAAAUAGUGUGUCGGAGAGCGCUAGAAAGUUACCGGUUGAAAUUCUUGGGUACCUGGCCAAGCUCAAGGGUCUGAAUGCUCGCCGGAGACUUCGAGAACGGGCAAAUGAAUAUCUAACCACGUUGAGUAACGUGCUUGGGGUUCUGGAUCCUGAUGUUGAGGAAGAUAUCCUUUUCGAGUCGACAUAUAACCACAAGCACCAUCCUCCUUCUUCAUGCAACAUAUGCAUUGGCGACUCGGGUGUUUUAACUGGUAUGAUUUGUGGACAAGCCCGUUCGGCGAGCUGCAAAGAACUUGGGUGCGACAUCACAAUGUCUAUAGCUCGGAAGCGACAAAGGGAAGCAGCUGGUAAUGAAUUAAAUCUGUAUCCGGCUGUGCACUUUGGGAAAUUCGGCUCUGGAGAUAAGGUUAUGAAGUCGGGGGAGGACCGUGACCGUAUUGCACGCAGUGAAGGGAUCAUUGCUUUCGAGAUGGAGGGGGCGGGAGCAUGGGACAUUCUGCCUUGCGUAAUUAUCAAAGGCAUUUGCGAUUAUUCUGACAGUCACAAGGAUAAGAGGUGGCAAGUAUAUGCCGCUUCGACGGCUGCGGCCUACGCAAAGGCCUUCCUGGAGGGUUGGCGGCAAUAA